CCACAUUCCCCUCCACAUUCAGCUCUAGCAAGCCUGUAGUUUGACAGGAAGGCUGAGCUUUAGGGCGAGGCAACAUUUAUCAGAAUCAAUGUGAAUUCAUUCAUCUCCGACACACAAGAAACUUCUUCACUUCUGCUGAACACUCUCGCUUGUGAAAAUGGAGCCUUUGCCUGCAGCAAACACCCAGUUCUCUCUAAACCUGUUCAAGAAGAUCAGCGGAGGAAACACAUCAGGAAAUGUGUUCUACUCUCCGAUCAGCAUCUCUUCAGCUCUCGCCAUGGUGUCGCUCGGAGCAAAAGGAAACACAGCGGCGCAGAUGUUUAAGGUCCUGGGGUUUACCAGUCCUCCAAAACUCGAUGCAGCGACUCCAGCAUCUCAUCAACAAGCCCAGAAGCCCUGCGGCGUCAAGGGUCAGCAUGGACCGUCAAUGACGCAACAAACCCAGAAGUUUGAGCUACCUCCUGAACUCAAGAAAUCUCCUGCUCAGCCCACACCUGGACAAAAAACUGAGGAACAAAUUCAUUCCAGCUUCAACAAGCUCAUGAGUGAACUGAAGAAACCAGGAGCGCCGUAUGUGUUGAGUCUUGCCAACCGCCUCUAUGGAGAGCAAUCCUACCAGUUUGUUGAGAAAUUCCUCAAUGACGCAAAAAAAUACUAUGAAGCGGGACUGGAGGAGGUGGACAAAUUGGUUUUAGAUGGACAGUUUAAGCUGAACAAGACUCAAACUAAACCAGUGAAGAUGAUGAAUCGGAAGGCAGAGUUUCCUCUGGCUUUAAUCCCAGAGAUGAACAGUCAGGUUCUGGAGCUGCCGUAUGUCGGGAAGAAUCUCAGUAUGUUGAUCAUCCUUCCCAAAGAGAUUGAAGACGAAACCACUGGCCUUCAGAAGCUUGAAAAGGCACUAACCUACGAGAAGCUCAUGGAGUGGACGAGACCUGAAGUCAUGCAUCAACAAGAAGUUCAAGUAUCUCUGCCCAAAUUUAAGAUGGAGGAAACCUAUGACAUGAAGAGUCUUCUGAUCAGCAUGGGAAUAGAGGAUGUUUUUGAUGGGAAGAAGGUGAAUCUUUCAGGCAUGUCGCCCAACAAUGACCUGGUGGUGUCGAAGGUGAUUCAUAAAGCCUUUGUUGAAGUAAACGAGGAAGGAACCGAAGCGGCUGCAGCCACCGGUGCUGUCAUGAUGACCCGAUGUCUGAGGAUCACGCAGGUCUUUAACGCAGACCAUCCGUUCCUCUUCUUCAUCCGACACAAUCCAACCAAGAGCAUUCUGUUUUACGGACGCUUCUGCUCUCCGUGAGCGAGUCCUGCGCCGUGAGACCCCUCCAGCUAGUUUAGUUGGUUUAUCUGGUUAGAAUGUGUAGGGGAGACUCGGGACAACUACAAAUUGUCAUCUUUUAGCAUAAGAAACAUUUUUAUAAACAUUUAUAUGUGCCAAUAGUAUCAGACUUAAGACUUAAAUUAAAUUGAUAUUAUUUAACUUUUUUUUUUAA